GCUCCACACAUUUAGUGACGUUUUUCACAAGAUUUCCUCACGUUGUAGCAAUUUAAUAACAUUUUGGUCACGAAAUCAGCCUUUUGUUACUGCAGACUAUAAAUUCUAUACCAGCAAUAGACAUUGUAUACGUUUUAUCUGUUUUUAAAAAUGGCCAUUCGUGCACAGUUUGAAGGAAACAAUGAAAUAGGAGUUUUUGCCAAACUCACCAAUAACUAUUGUCUUGUUGGAAUUGGUGGGUCCGAAAAUUUUUAUAGGUGAGUGACAGCGAGCGAGUUAGUUCACUUACUAAGGACUUAAGUACUAAGUAUUAGAAGUAGGGAGUCAAACAUUUUAUAUUAAGAUAGUUAUAACAGAGUACUGCUAAGUACCCUAUUUAUUAGACAUAAAUAUGCCAUCGGGAGAGUGUAAUGCAUCCUACUGCCUUAGCCAGGACUAAGUUUGGGCAUGGGCUGCACCAACACUGUUGUCGUUGUGACCAAUGUUCCCCUUUAAGCUGUGCGACCGCGCAGCUAUCUUACAGAUGCUGCGCUACAGUUUUGAGUGUCCGCGCAGCAAAUUUCCAUGUUAGUGUGUGUUUAUGUUUGUGGCCUGUAAAAUUUGUCACACAAAAAUUGAUGCUGUUAAACUUUGCACACAGCUGUAUGAUUUUGCACACGAACCAGAAAACCUUAGAGGGAACAUUGGUUGUGACCCUAUUCAAGGCUAUUCUCUUGUUUACAUAUUGCUGAUACUUUAUAACUUUAUAUUUUUCAUUAAUAUAUGCUUACAUAAUGAAUUUAAAUAAUUUGUUUAAUUUUAAUGAUUAAUGACAUGAAUGAGGCAUGAUUCUUGUUAUUAUUAUUUGAUUUUGAUGAUCUUGUUUUAUACUUAACUUGUACUUAUAACAACUUAUAGGCUUAUAUUAUAGUAUACUUAUAAGUUUUAUAGGCUAUGUUAAAGAAGUGUCUACACGUCCGGCGCGCCGGACAAAUAGUGCGCGAGAUAUAUGUCCGGCGGCAUGUCACGUGACCGCCGGACGGCUAGUAGUUGUUAUUAUUCUGAACGAUGUGCAAUUAGGCAGAUAUUGUGUGAUCUUGUGGUAGAGUGGUCGCUUGACGUUAUUAUCAUUUGAGGAUUAAUACCUGGUAUAGGAUUGUUUGUUUUUUCCAAUUUUAAUUUAAAAUAUUUUAUACUAUAUUUAUAGUAUCAUGUUCAUCAGCAAUAGUAGUUUCAUGAGAAGUUUUUAAAUAUCUUGUAGCAAUUGAAACAAUUUAAAAUGAAAUCUUUUACUUUUAUUAGUUGUCUACUCCACUGGCCCCUAAUUUAUUUUAUUCGAUUACUGCUACAAAAACUCAAAUAACAAACUAAACAAAAAUGUUUACAAGCCACUUUCACUUAAGUUUUUUUCUAUUAUUUGCAUUCAAGAUACUCAGUACAUUACUUGGUAGAGAAAUAGAUUUUAAAAUUAACAAUAGUUUUGAAUCAUUCGCAUUCACAUGACAAGGCUGACUGACAAGAUAUCUCUCGCCACUUUGUUACAGCGGUCAUGUGACUUGGUCGCCGGACAAAUAGUGCGGGAGAUAUAUGUCUUGCGCGCCGGACGUGUAGACACUGCCAUAAAAUAAUAUGAGAACUUAUUCAACAUAAUACAACUAACAAGAUCAUGUGAAAUAAUUUAGUUAGAAUAGUCCACUGUGAGCAGUGUGGAGGAUGAGUGAAUAGUAAAAUUAUGAACCAAUGACAAAAAAAGUUCUUCAUUCACUCAGACUUAAUUAAUUUAUUUCAUUGAAAACCAGUGCAUACAUUUUGACCUUGUUUUACCUUUAUGCAAAUAUGACCUUAUUUGCUAAAGGUAAAAAAAAAAUUAAAUUGGGCAAGGUGCAAAAUUGAGCAUUGCACCUCUCCCAGAUGUGCAGGAACUGUGGGUAGACGAUGCCUUGUCCCUUUCCCUUGCAUAAUUUAUGUUGCGAGUUUGUUUGCAUAUUUUUUAAUGGAAAAUGUGUAAAAUAAUAUUUUUAUCCAAUAUUGUUCUACAGUGUCUUUGAAGGAGAGAUAGGAGACACUAUCCCUGUCGUCCAUGCAAGUAUAGCGGGAUGCAGAGUAAUAGGAAGAAUGUGUGUUGGUAUGUCAAACAAGGUGGCUCCUCAUAUCUAAAAGUCAUUAUCAACAAUGCAGAGUAAAAUUUGUGAUUUAUUUAUGAUAUUUUUAGAUUGCUUCAAUAUUGAUCGGAAUGCAUUAAUGUUGUAAGAUAUUUUUAAAAACUCCUUUAUUAUUUUUAAGUGUACAAAAACGCAAUGUGCUUCUAAAAUCUCUUGUUUUUGCUGAAAGUAUGAAGAUCAUGAAUUAAUGCAAAUAUUUUUAUUUUAAGAAAGGGAGGUGAAUAUUGUACUUAUCAUUUAUUUUGACAAUGUUCCAGGUAACCGCCAUGGACUUCUGGUCCCUAAUACUACAACAGAUCAAGAACUACAGCACAUACGAAAUGCAUUGCCAGAUACAGUAAAAAUAUACAGAGCUGAAGAGAAACUGUCUGCACUUGGAAAUGUCAUUGCGUGUAAUGAUUAUGUUGCAUUAGUCCACCCUGACUUGGAUAGGGUAAAGCAGAUGUUAACACUAUUUUUUUUCUCUCUCUUUAUUUGAAUAUGAUUCAGAUGAUUCACCUUUUCUUCCAUUUGAGUUAGAUUACAUGUUGUACAAAAAUUAUGAAUAAUUGCGUGUCGUGAAAAAAUUCUGUUUCCAAAAUAUGCAUUGAUAAUGAGUGUGCUUUAAGUCCUACUAGUAGUAAUGAGGUGUGAGGCUUAGUGUUACGGCAGGAUUAAAAAGAUAAUUUAUUUGAUGGUCAUAAUAAAGAGAUAAAUUAUUAAAUUCUGAUUUGAAUGCUUGUUAAAUGGGCAGUCAUUCCAGUUGAAAAUAUUAAAUCUGGUCAUAGCUGAAUCUGUUAUUGACUUUGUGAUGAAAAGCUUGAAAAUCUGAGCUUUGUAAAUUAUUAUAUUGAAUUAAAAAUUGUAUAGAAUAUAUGUUAAGACUAAUGUUUACUUUGUUAACACCAUUAAUAUUAAAUAACUUGUUUCUCAAUAUUAUGCCAGCAAUCAAUAUCUAACUGGAAUUACAUUUUUUUAUUUCAGGAAACAGAAGAUCUCUUGGUUGACACACUUAAUGUUGAAGUAUUUCGUCACACAGUAGCAAACAAUGUUCUAGUUGGAAGUUAUGCAGUGUUCAGUAACCAAGGAGGAAUGGUAAUAUAUGUCUUAGAUUGUAUAACAACGUUUAACUUGCUUUAUUUGUCUUGGUUUUCCUUUCUAAUAUUGGGUUAUGCCUUUCUAUUAGCGUGUCACAGCAUAGCAAUCAGCAUAACUAACUAUAAUAAAAAAUAAUUUAAAAAAUCAGUUUUGGCUAUGUCUGCAAAGCAACCAGUAUAGCACCACCACUUUGUCUGUGCCUGCAGAGCAUCUACUUUAUAGCAAAAUAAAAUAAGUAAAACAGAGUAGGGUUAACCUGAAAAAAUAAACACAACAAAACAGCGCAACAAAACAAUAUUGCUGCCCACAGAUACUACUUACCAGCUAAGUGCUAUUUUUUAUUUUUAUACCGUUUUUUCUGUUGUUUUGUUCGCUGACGAAGGCUUUCUGCCGACACGUUCGCUGUUUUGUUACGUUUAUUUUUUUCAGGUUUAACCCUACUCUGUUUUACUCAUGUUAUUUUGUACUAACCUGAUUACAGUCUCUCCCCUUAUUACCCACUUUAUAGCACUAUGACUUUGUCAUUUUAAAAUAGAGUAAAUUGCAAAUUAAAUGAUGAAAUGGAGAGUCAGUUUGUUGAAACAUGUUAAUAGUAAAUAUUAUGCCAACAUGGGAAUGUUAUUUACAAGUUGCACCUUGUGGGGAGAAACAAGGGUUGUCCAGUGUGAGGUACAAGUAGAGUGAUAUAUGAGGGUGGUCUAGUGUGAUAGACAUAUCAUAUAGGCAAAUAAAUAUUUUAGCUGAUAUCCUUAACUUGAAAAUAAUGCUUUCGAUUUAUAGGUUCCACCCAAAACAUCAGUGGAAGAUUUGGAUGAGCUGUCAUCUUUGCUUCAAGUCCCCUUAGUGGUGAGUUAUCUCCCUUUGUUGCAUCCAGUCAAGUGUUGACAGGGGCAGCUAAAUAAGUCUCAUUUAUUUAAACCUGUUUCAAAAGCCAACAGUCAAUUAUUAUGUCAUUAUUAUCAUGUUUGGGGAAGACGCCUAUGACCAGAGAUUUCCAUGCAUCCAGAUUUCUGGACAAUUACGUUGCUUCCCAUAACAUUCAUUUCUCUUGGAACCAGCUUAUCUAAUUGAAAGAUAUUUGCGUAAUAUUAUCUUCACUGAUGAGUGUAUAUCUUUCUUAGUUAAUUGUGUUGAUUGUUUCUUUGAUUUAAUCUAUCUGUGAAUUUCUUAGACAACAUUUUUUGUGUUGACAGCUUGUUUUGUUGUCAGUUUUCUUAACCCGUGAACUGUUAUAAUGGCUUAUAAUCAGGGGUUAUCGCCGUGGUGUUCUUUAGUGUUACGGCUGAUGUAAUCGGCUUAUAAUCAGGGGUUAAGGCAGUGGUGUUCUAUGGUAUUACGGCUGAUGUAUUCGGCCCCUUCUAACAUUAAUAUUAUACAUGUGAACCAGACGUUAUAGUUUCAAGGGGGAUAGCUCAGGUAAACAUUUCAUUGGUGCAUAUUUUUUAAAAUAUCCGAGUUUAAAGUUUUUAGACAUUUUUUGUUAAAACUAUAUCUUUCGACUCAGAGGUUGGCCCUGCAAAGCAAAGCCUAAUGUUUGUAUUAUUUCUUCAUCAAAAUGAGUCUGAUAAGGUUUUUUUGGCAUUUCUCAUGGUUGUGAUAUUAACCAUAGUGCAGCUAGCUUGCUGAUCAGUUCAAGUUGUUAUAAUGGAAGUAGGGUAAAAAUUUAUUUAAUAGGCAUUAUAGAAAGAAAUAUGGGAGUCAUCUUCGAGCCUUUGGGGAUGAAGAGUGUUUUUGAAAUAAACUUUAUUAUUAUUAUCUAUGGAAUAUUUUUAUUUUUUAACUUCUCUAAACCCAAAUAAAUAUGUGCUCAAAAGUGAAAGAAAAAUGUUUUGUGUCUAAAAAACUUGUUAGAUGCUAAGAAGAAUCCCACAGUCAGUGGAGAUGUUAGUUGAAGAAAAAUAAAUAGUUGCACAAUUGCACUCACUUUUGAAAGUCAAGGUCAUAUUCAUUUUACAUAUAGGUAGCUGACAUAAUUCCAACACUCAUACCAUUUUAUUCCUUGUCCAAUUUACUCUCUGGGUAUCUGUACUCAUUAUGCGUCUAUGGAUUGAUGUUCUAUUAGUUUUGGGUAUUUUGGUGCUACAUGUCAAAGUUCGGGUGUUAAAUAAUAGCCUCAUUAUUGUUACCCAAGAGUUAUUGGUAAAACAUUGUAUUUGUUUGAUUUCAACAUGCAACAAAUAUUUUAUUAUAAUUUUAAACAGAGCUUCUUGUAAACUCAAUGUGUAAUCUCAUAUUGUAGUGUGUCAUAGUAGUCCUUUGUAUUUUAUUUUAAAAUGAGAUAUUUAAUUAAUUUAUUAAAUCAAACUAACUCAAAUCAAGCCAAUAUGAAAGAAUUGUUAAAAAAUUUUAAAAAACAAAGCAAGUAGUGUGAUGAACUUACGAUAGUCCAGUCUAAGAGACAUAUGUAUGGAUCAUAUUUAGUUAUUGUUCACAGAGCAUUUAUCAAAUUCAUAUUUAAAAAUUCAUUAAAUUACAAAGUGAUUAUUGGAGGACAAUUUAUAUUAAAGUUCAUAGGCAGUGAUUGAGCUGCUGGCGGAUGGCAUAGUGGUCAGUUAUUGGAAACCGGUAUCUGAUAUUUUAUGUCAGAUGGCCUAGUGGUCAGUUAUUGGUAUCUCAUAUUUUAUGUCAGAUGGCCUAGUGGUCAGUUAUUGGUAUCUCAUAUUUUAUGUCAGAUGGCCCAGUGUUCAGUUAUUGGUAUCUCAUAUUUUAUCUCAGAUGGCCUAGUGGUCAGCUAUUGGUAUCUCAUAUUUUAUCUCAGAUGGCCUAGUGGUCAGUUAUUGGUAUCUCAUAUUUUAUCUCAGAUGGCCUAGUGGUCAGUUAUUGGUAUCUCAUAUUUUAUGUCAGAUGGCCCAGUGGUCAGCUAUUGGUAUCUCAUAUUUUAUCUCAGAUGGCUUAGUGGUCAGCUAUUGGUAUCUCAUAUUUGAUCUCAGGCAGGAACUGUGAACAGAGGCAGUGAAGUCCUGGCAGCAGGUUUAGUUGUCAAUGAUUGGAUGGCAGUGUGUGGCCAUGACACAACAUCAACAGAAGUUUCAGUUAUGGAAAGCAUUUUUAAACUCAGUGACCACGAACCAUCACAGAUACAAACCCAGAUGAGAGAUUCUUUAGUUGAUACGUAAGUAUGGUAGAUACACACCCAGAUGAGAGAUUCUUUAGUUGAUACGUAAGUAUGGUAGAUACAAACCCAGAUGAGAGAUUCUUUAGUUGAUACGUAAGUAUGGUAGAUACACACCCAGAUGAGAGAUUCUUUAGUUGAUACGUAAGUAUGGUAGAUACAAACCCAGAUGAGAGAUUCUUUAGUUGAUACGUAAGUAUGGUAGAUACAAACCCAGAUGAGAGAUUCUUUAGUUGAUACGUAAGUAUGGUAGAUACAAACCCAGAUGAGAGAUUCUUUAGUUGAUACGUAAGUAUGGUAGAUACAAACCCAGAUGAGAGAUUCUUUAGUUGAUACGUAAGUAUGGUAGAUACAAACCCAGAUGAGAGAUUCUUUAGUUGAUACGUAAGUAUGGUAGAUACAAACUCAGAUGAGAGAUUCUUUAGUUGAUACGUAAGUAUGGUAGAUACAAACCCAGAUGAGAGAUUCUUUAGUUUAGUAAAUAGAUGAGAGAUUAUUUAGUUGAUAUGUAAUUAGUUACAAUCCCAGAUGAGAGAUUUUUUAGUUUACAGAUGAGAGUUUGUUUAGUUAACCCUUUACAGUCCAAGCCUAUUCAGCCUUUUCUACUUCCAGCGCCCAAGCAAGGGAACAUAACUCCACUUUAAAUGAAGGUUCUUUAUCUAAUUAAUUUACAGAAAUAAACUAGGAGCGAAUAAAUAAAGUUAAAAAUACCUAAACACAAAUAAAUGAUUUAAGCAAAAGUUGCUUGCACUCGUGUCAAGCUUCUCCAAUGCCUGCAAAGAAUUUGGUCUGCAAAUCAGCUUGAAAAAGACAAACAUCAUGGCCAAAGACACUCGACCUCCACCUAACAUAAAAAUCGAUAAUGAAAACUUGGAGGUUGUGGACAGCUUCACCUACUUGGGGUCCAAGGUCUCCAAUACACUGUCCAUUGAAGAAGAAAUCAACAGCAGAAUCGGCAAGGCAGCUGCCACAAUGGCUAAACUAAAUAAACGGGUCUGGCAAAACACCAAGCUAACGGAGAAAACCAAACUGUGCGUCUACCGAGCUUGUGUCUUCAGUACACUACUAUACGGGAGCGAGACAUGGACCACAUAUACAUCCCAAGAGCGCAAGCUUAAUAGCUUCCAUAUGAGAUGCCUGCGUCGCAUCCUUGGUAUUAAAUGGCAAGAAAAAAAUAAAAUGAUUUAAGCAAAAGUUGCUUGCACCUAGUUUCGGGGACCCUCCCACUUUGAUUUGUGAAAAAUUCCCAGACCAUUCAUGAUCUUGCUGAUCAGUUGGAGUGGAAUUGUGGUAGGUCCGUUGUCCUCGAUGUCUACUAUUACUAUUAUCUUCCUCACUUGAAUCACUAUCACUAGUAGCGUCAUUUAAAGGAAUGUCUCUAUCAGAUUGUUCACUAACGCUGCUAGAUUCAUGUAAUGGUAAAGCUUCAUUAGGCCUAAGUUCUUUCAAAACUUUAUAAAAUGUUUACAGCGAAAAAAAUCACAUCUUUUUAAAAAAAAUCGUAGAAAAUAAGCCCCUAAACACAGCCCGUUCAAAUUAGUAUAAAAAUAAAUGCAGACAACAAGGCUUCCUUUCGGUAGAACUAUAAAUAGUAAUGCGCAAUGGAAGAGCUGAGCAAAGCUAUUGAUAGCCUAGCUUGUGGAAAAGCGCCUGGGGAUGAUGGAAUACCACCAGAGGCUCUAAAGAGUGGUAAGAUAGCUUUACUCCAACCAUUGCACGAGAUUCUGUCCCUCUGCUGGGAACAGGGCUACAUCCCCCAAGACCUAAAGGAUGCAAAUAUAGUGACACUAUAUAAAAACAAAGGUGAUAGGAGUGAUUGCAAUAAUUAUCGCGGCAUUUCACUCCUUAGUAUUGUAGGAAAGGCCUUUGCCCGUGUCAUACUAACACGUUUACAGAGUCUAGCAUCCCGUGUCUAUCCAGAAUCUCAGUGCGGUUUCCGGUCUGGGCGGUCUACCAUAGACAUGGUGUUCUCCAUACGACAGCUCCAGGAAAAAUGCAGAGAGCAGCAGAUGCCACUGUACAUUGCCUUUGUGGACCUUACAAAAGCCUUUGAUUACGUCAGUCGCAACGGGCUAUUCAAAAUACUGGCAAAAAUCGGCUGUCCCCCUCACAUACUUGCCAUCAUCAGAGAGUUCCAUGAAAAUAUGCAGGGUACAGUGCAGUUCGAUGGAGCCAAGUCAGAAGCCUUUCCAGUCAGCAGCGGAGUUAAACAAGGUUGUGUACUCGCACCAACACUGUUCGCAAUAUUCUUCUCUGUACUACUUCGAUACGCAUUCAAGGAUAGCAGUGAGGGAAUCUGGUUACACACCAGAGCUGAUGGAGGACUUUUCAACACUGCCCGCCUCCGAGCCAAGACCAAAACGACAGAUGUUCUAAUUCGCGAGCUACUAUUUGCGGAUGAUGCGGCACUAACAGCACACACAGAAAUUGGUUUGCAAUUCAUCUUUCCUAAAUGAAUGCCUAUAGGAUAGGGUUCUACUAUAUAUUAAUUUUGCAUUGAUCAUUUUCAAAGACUGUGGAAGAAUAUUGGGGAGUUGUUUGCAGGCUAAAUGUUUAGACAAUAGUUAUCUACUAUUUUUUGGGUGUCCAUAAAUCAACUGUUGAACAGCAAAUCACAUACAUUUUUUCUUGUAUAUUUUCAAGGCCCACGGUCAAUGUAUUGACCAUUCACUUACAUGGUGGAUACACUUUUUGGUCAAUUCAUAAAACAAAAUAAAAGCAUAGGGCUCAAGCAUAAAAUUACCUGUAAAAAUCACAUGAGAUACUUACAUUGGAGCUUCGAUGCCGAACUGAAUGACAUUGAUGGCCAGAGUCCUGGUUUAAUGUUAGCUCAAAAUCACACAAAGAACAUGCCAGGCAUUCAGAUUCCAAGAGUUAAUAUUUCCAGUGCUAAAAUGGCUCGAUUUUUAAAAAAAAAAAUUCGGGAUUCCAUUUUAUCUGAGUUCUUGGGUGUUUGUAUUCCAAAGCCCCACUGUAGUUUGGCAAUGGCUAUGUGCGUAAAACAUUACACUGAAAACAUUUGGCCAGUGGAAAGCCUAACACAGGCAUAUCUCACUUGAAGGCAUUGACCAAUUGCUCAGUCAAAUUUGGGACUGCUAAACUAGCUAGAGAUUUAAAUAUGUUAACUGAAGUGGAAAUUUACAUCCAAAAUUAGGCCAGUUACAAUGGUAAACUGUACUUGGAACCAGUAUAAAAAAAAUGUCCCAGUAGCACUUAAGCUUUAUAGUCUCGGCAUAAAUGUUUCGAUUGAUUCUGUUCAAUAGAGCUUAUUGGCAUUAUCCUAUUAUUUUAUUUUUUUUUGCUUUCUUUUUCUCCCAUAUUUUUGUGUUGUUGUUUUUUUUAAUGACAGACAUAUUUAUUUUUAUAAAAUAUCCUUUCAUUUCAGGUUGUCGUAAGAAGUUUGUGCAUAUGCAAAUUAAAAAGUGAUGACAGGUGGUUUAUAAAGGAAAAAUCAAUCCAUUUUGUAAUGCAUUUGACAACUGAAAGUUGUAUGUUAUAUGACAAGUGAAAGUUGUAUUAUAGAAAUAAAAAAGAGAAAAUAUAACCUAAUUACUCAGUAAUAUGUUUUCAAAUGUAUUUUAAAAGUGACACAAUUUUUCAAAAAAAAUUUAAUCUGAAACUUGAAGCUAUCAUUCCCUUAUUGACUUCAAUAAUUUUGUUCUAUGACCCCAUGACCUCAUCAGUCAUGGUGCAAUGGUGAGCAAGAUAUAAUGUAAUGCAGGUGAAAGUCUGUUGAUAAUAAGAAUAAGAUUGUCCAUAUCAGAUGGAAUACAAGAGUCAGCCAUGUUUUAAAAUGUUCAACUUUAAAGUGACAGAAUGCGAACAUCUUCAUGGACACUUCAAGUUAAGAGAUCUAAACUGGCCUAGUAGUUAAUUUUACCAAACAAUUUUAUUGAAACUCUAACACUACAGCUCAAGUCUUUUUUUUUUUUGUGCACCUGGCUGAUAAAUGAACAAGUUGUGGAUGCUACUUGCCGUGCCCCAAUUUGUCUAGUGCAUUUACUCCAGUAUUUCAAUGUCACUGUUAUAAACAGAUAGUGCAUUUCUAAAAAAUUUAAUAUUGUUGCUCAUUUGGAAAUUAUUAUUUUUAUUCCUCUCUUGUUUUUUUUCUUGCAACAUCAUUUGAAUAAAUGUACAAAUUACUACAAAUAGUUCAUGAACUUGGUAUGCUUUUGUUUAUUGUCUGGUAGAAGCUUGUAUGUUGUAACUUUGAAACUUUCUAUUUGUUAUCUGUAUGUGUAUUUCUUGCCUGUAUUUGUAUCUGUGUUUGUAUUUAUCCCUUUGAUGAAAUGUUGAAAUCAACCAAUUUUUAAAGGGUACAGAGUGUAAUGAUAAGUUUGACAGAAAGAAGGUUUAAAUUAUUGGAAUUACUUCCAAAGCUUUGAAGUAGAUUGUAAUGCAAACUGUCUGAUGUUAUCCAGUGACCUCUUUGUGUAAAAAUAUAGUAGCCCCUUCACCAUGGGGUAAAUUAAGAAGUUACUCUGUAACGAGUUAUAAUUGGUCAGUUAUUAGUAUCGUAUUUAACUCUUAACUUGGAAAUAGCAACAAACAAAAAUUACCCUGCUGUUAUUGUAUUUAUUCAGGGGAAUGUUAAUUGAAUGCAUUGAUGAUCAUAGUGGGUGCCACAAAAUAAUUCUGGCAUCCAUACGUCACAAUGUGAUGCUAUGUUAUAAGCUCCGCAGGAUGAACUCACAAGGCCUAGGGUUUUUUCUUUAGGGAGGAUACGCUGGUCCUCUAAGACUCGUCGCACAUGAUAAGCCAAGGGAACAUCACAUGUGGAUGAUACUAUACUAUGUUAGUAUUUUGAAGGGUUAGGGUCGACCUUUCAGGGUCGAUGGAUAAAUUAAGGGGUGAUUAUUAUUUAAUUACUUUUUAAAUUAAUAUUCUCCAGUUGUUGUGCACCGUAUUUAUAAUCAGUGGUCUUGGAUGGUUUUAAUAAAUUUUGUAAUAAACUCUUGUAGUGUGUAACAG